AUGCCAAUCUCUAGGUUCUUAACGAGAAAAGCAGCCGUUGACCACCACGUCGGAGGCGGUUCCCAAUUCCGUGAAGAAAGUCAUCCACGUCCACUUCCACGGGAGACAGAACUUUCCAUAUCCAGGUUGCCCUCUGGUCACUCGGGCAACCUGGAGAACAAGGGCCAUGGGGCACCGAGAAGCGGAGAUUGGUGGGCACAUGCCAAAAUGUUGGUGGCAGGCCUUUUGAGUGCACCAGAGCCAAUAAUUGGUGUCAUGCCCUCGAGUGCCCAAUUGACCUCGCCAUCGAACCGUGCCCGUGAAAUGAUCCUGCUGAAAGGAGCCGUGGACGUCCAUGUUGACGAACUCUGGGGCGAGGAUCAGACGAGCAUGAAUGAAUGGCUCAAUCGUGGAUCAAGGGAAGGAAAGGGAAGGGUAGGGAAGGGGAGUAAGGGCGAGAGAAAAAAGCCCGAGCCUUAG